AUGGAGCAAUUAAUUGGAGUGAUUAACGAACUUCAUGAUGCGUUUGCGAAUGUGAAGAUUAACAUUAAACUGAACCUUCCCCAGAUCGCGGUGGUGGGUUCCCAAAGCUGUGGGAAAAGUUCCGUUCUAGAAUCCAUUGUGGGCAAAGACUUCUUGCCCAGGGGCUCCGGCAUCGUGACGCGAUGCCCGCUCGUUUUGCAGCUCAUCCAACUUUCCAAGAACAACCACGAGGAGUGGGGUGAGUUUCUGCACAUCCCGAAUAAAAAAUUUUUCGUCUUCUCCGAUAUCCGAAAUGAGAUCGCCCGGCGGACGACCGAGGUCGCGGGGCCUUCCGCCAUCACGGAUAAACCGAUUAACCUAAAGGUCUACUCCGCGCACGUUCUAAACCUCACGAUGGUGGACCUACCUGGGCUUGUGAUGAACGCGGUGGGGGAUCAGCCGAAGGAUAUUGAUCGUCAAAUCAAGGAGAUGGUGACGCGGUAUGUCGCCCCGAAAAAUACCAUCAUUUUAGCCAUUUCCCCCGCCAACACCGACCUCGCUACGAGCCAAUCGCUCCGCCUUGCGCAUCAACUCGAUCCGGAUGGCAAUCGAACGGUGGGGGUGCUCACCAAACUCGAUUUGAUGGAUCGCGGGACGGAUUGCUAUGAUGUGUUGACCAAUAAAGUGCUCCCCCUUCGCCACGGAUUUGUCGGGGUGAUCUGCCGAAGUCAGCAGGAUAUUAACACCGAGAAGGGCAUGAAUGAGGCCCGCGCGUCGGAGCAGGAGUUUUUUCUCAACUCCAGCGUCUACGCCCCGAUCGCGAAUGAGCAGGGCACCACCUAUCUUAGCAAAAAAUUAAAUGUUCUGCUUCUGGACCACAUCCGCUCCGUCAUUCCGGACCUUAAACUUCACAUCGAGCGUUUGAUGGAGGGAACCACCAAACAAAUGGAAAAGUUGGGGAUGUUUGACCAGGGCAACAUCGAGCCCAGCGCGCAGUUGCUUUCGCUAAUUAAGCAAUUUAGCGAUAAGCUCAACCAAACCAUCGAUGGAGGGGCCACGGAUGCGAGCAAGGAACUUCUCGGGGGGGCCCGGCUGGAUUACAUCUUCCACGAGUGUUUUGCGGCCUACGUCACGAGUCUUUCGGCCCGAAAGGACCUGACGGAUGAGUAUAUUCGCAUUAAUACGCGAAAUAUGGCCGGCAUGCACGCCACCCUCUUCCCAUCCGACCAGGUUUUCGUUGCCCUUUCCAAACAGCAGGUCGGGCGGCUGGAGGAGCCCUCGCUGAAGUGCGUGACCUUCGUUUACGAGGAGCUCAUCAAAAUCGUCGAGAUCUGCGCGGGAAAGGUGGAGCGUUUUCAGAAACUCAAGCAGGCGGUAAUUGGGAUUUGCCAGUCGAUGUUGAUGGAAUAUCGUGGGCCGACGUCCAAUCACGUCCGCACCAUCAUCAGCGCCGAGCGCGGGUUUAUUAAUGUCAAACAUCCCCAGAUGGAGGAGCUCGCGCAGCGCGCCUUUUUAAACAUGUACGGCGACCACGCGAAAAGCAAGGGCGGAAAAGGGGACGGCUCGGACGAGGUAAACGGCAAUACCGAAAAGAGCGGAAAAGAAGAAAAAAACAAGGAUAAGGAUAAGGAUAAGGACGGGAAAAAGUAUGAAAAAAACAAAGAAAAAGGCAUCAUCGACUCCCUCGCCGCGCAGGGGGAUAAGGGGAAUAUGAACGACGUGCCGAGCCGGAUUUUGCUCGGGAACAGCAUGACAGUGCAUGAAAAGCACAUUAAUAAUGCGAUUCGUGAGAUGGUGGAAGGGUAUUUUAACAUAGUAAAAGGCAACAUUUCGGAUCAAGUGCCGAAGGCGAUUACUUUGCUCAUGGUCACGCGGCUGCGCGAGGAGGUUUAUGCCCGCCUGGUGCGCGAGCUGUACUCAGAGAAGACGGCGAAGGAGCUCCUCGCGGAGAAUCCCAACGUUGCGGCCCAACGUAAGGCGACCAAGGAAAUGAUGGAGGCGCUUACCAAGGCCCAAAACGCCCUCAACAAUGUCAGAGAAUAUUCCUUGAUUAUAUAA